GAAUCUCGCGUUCUCUCGUUGAGGCGCGAGAGUAUCCAAAGUUUGAUGUGUGUUGUGGUGUAAGUGUAUGCUUGUGUGUUUGUUUAUAUAAAGUUUCAAGAAUGAGCUGUUUUAUUCAAGUUGCAGAGGAUGAAAGUGAAGAACCCAUUGAACUUCCGUGCGAAGACGAUGGCACCCUGUUACUGACAACGUUAUCGGCGCAGUUCCCGGCCACAUGCGGGCUCAAAUACAGAAACCCGGACUCCGGGACGAUGCGUGGAGUGCGCCUCGUCGACGGACGAUUCCAUCCUCCCGACAACGGCUGGGGAAAUGUUGUGUAUUACUGUGUGUUCCCCAAAGACGCCUGCCUGCACAACUCUGAGAACAAGCGCAAGUCGGACGAGCAGCUGGAGAACAGCACAGCCAAAACGAAGCGGCUGGAGAAUAGGCAGAAGUGCUCGGACUUGAUUGUGCUCGGCCUGCCCUGGAAGACCUCGGAGCAAGACCUGCGCCAGUACUUCGAGUCCUUUGGGGAGGUCCUCAUGGCACAGGUGAAGAAGGACCCCAAGACGGGCCAGUCGAAAGGCUUCGGCUUCAUCCGCUUCUCGAGCUACGAGUCGCAAGUGCGUGCCCUCUCCAAGAGGCACCUGAUCGACGGCCGCUGGUGCGAUGUCAAGAUCCCAAACUCCAAAGUGAGUGCUCAAGACGGCCAGGCGUCCGAGCUGAGCCGCAAGGUGUUUGUGGGACGGUGCACGGAGGACCUGACCUCCGACGACCUGCGGGACUACUUCUCCAAGUUUGGGGAGGUGACGGACGUGUUCAUCCCCAAGCCCUUCCGGGCUUUCGCCUUCGUCACCUUCGUGGACCCGGACGUGGCCCAGUCGCUGUGCGGGGAGGACCACAUCAUCCGGGGCACGAGCAUCCACGUCAGCAACGCCGUGCCCAAGAGCGAGGCGCCCCCCGGGGGCGGCCAGGGAGGGGGGGCCCCGUCGGGGGGCCACCCGGGGCACCAUCCGCACCACCCACUGGGGCCCCACCCGCUGGCCGGCAGCGCGGGAGCCGGACGCCCGGGGGGACACCGGGGGGGCCACCUGGACGUGGGACGCCCCCCGGGGGCCCAGGGGGGUGGCUACGCGGCCCCGGGCCCCUUCCCCGGGGCGCACCACCUGGCCGCCCACGGGGGCUGGGGCCAGGGUGGGGCGGGGGGACAUCCCGGCGCCCACCCGAGGGGCGCCGAGCUGCCCAACCUGGCAGCCCUGGGCAGCAGCCUGGGCAUGGGGCCCCUCGGGGGUCAGGGGGGCCAGGGCGGGGGGGUGAACCCGGGCGGUGUCAACACGACGCCCCCCACCCUGGGCAUGGGGGCCCUCAACCUGGGGGCGGCCACGCUGCCCCUCAGCUCUGCGGUGGUGGCGGCGCUGGGGCAGGCGGCCGGGUUCGGCCUCUUCGGGGGCUCCUUCCAGGGGGGCGCGGGGGGAGCAGAGCCCCCCGGGGGGGGACCCCCACCCCCCAACUCGGGAGGGGGACCGGUGGCCGGGGGCUCGGGGGGUUUCCUGGGCUGGAUGGGGCAGGGGGGAGGGGGGCAGGGGGGCGGAUCUGGGGACGGGGGCGCGGGGGGAGGGGGCCCCUGGCCCCAGCGGGAGGGUAAGCAGGGCUUCGGCAUGUCGGUGUCUCCCUGAGUCGCCCGGGCAUCCGUCGCCCCUCCGUCACGGAAGGGCGGCCGAAGGGUGCACGCCCGCCGGGGCUUCGAGGGGGGCUCCAGAAACGUCCGACCUCUAUCGGGACGGGACCUCGCGUCGCAACGGUGCGCCUUCCUCGCCGUCCCGAGCCCCAUGCCCGGAGCCCCAGAGGCGGCCUGGCCGGCCCCCGGGCGGGAGCGCUUCCCCGGUGGCUCUUCCCCUUUCUCCACUCCUGCUUUUACUUGCCGGGGCGAUUGCAGUGUGUUCGGCAUGUGGGUGGUGUGCUUGGUGGUGUGUGCUGGUUCUGAGCCUCCUUCCCGUCACCUUCCUCCCGAGUGUGCCUGGCAUGCCCCUUCGAAGCCCAUGCGAGUGUCACGUGUAUUUAAGGCGUGUGUGUGUGUCUGGAGGUGUCUCUUCUCUCUUCUGCUGUACAUACACAUAUUUAGUUGGAGGGUGCGUUGGUUUCUGGCACUCUUUCCCCUUUCUGCUGGUUUGGUCGACGGCCCGUCUCGGCCAGUUGUUUGUUUCCACAAAGUAGACUAAGGGCGUCCGUAGGCGAGUGCAUGGGAGUCGUUGCGCAAUUGAAGCGGGUGUGCUUGGACACAAAAGGGGUUGGGGCCAGGGGUAAAGGCGGUUUCGCCUUUACCUCCGCCUUUACCUCCGGGAGAUCGGAGUAAAGGCAGUUUCCUCGACCGGUUCGUGGGGUCGGAGGAGCCCAUCUAAAGGAAUGUACCGAGGUCGGCCCGAGCGGGGCAUGUUUUACCGUACCUGACGCAACACUGUCUUUCUGGGGCCCCUCUCGCGGAACCGCGGGAACAGGAUGGCUCUCCGCACACGUCCUCUUUCUCCCGGUCACGAGUCUGCACAUUGCAGUUUAAGGGCUCUUGACUCUUCAAACGCAAAGUUGGAGCCGAAAGUUUGCAGAGUGCACCUAUUGGACUUGGCCGACUAAAGCAUGGUGUCCUUGUUGCGAGAGUUCAGUCGGUGCGCUCCCUCGACCUACGUUCCGACCUUGCAUUUGACGAGUCCAGGGCCCCAGCCGGCGGCUUCUCGCUAGUCCCUCCCUUCUCCCUCUGGAGGAUACCUUCCUCCCCUCGGCUCCCCUUGCAGCUGGAUGGUGAUGUUAUAGCAAAGCGGUCGUUCUUACAGUGUUUUGGAUGUUGUGCCAGGGUGGUCUUUUGUGGGGACGGUUCCUGUUUUAAACUGGUCACCUUAGGCUCUGAAAACCACGCUUUUCAUUUGGAGAGAUAUUUUCUCAUGUCGAAUUGUCAGUCUCUCCGUCAACCAAGCGUGCAGAAAGGGGGAGAUGGCUUGGGAGUGGGUGGGGAGGGGUGUGUGUUGCAUCAUUGUUGCCGCAUCACUGCGCUUGCUUGUGCUCGGGCUGAGGGGACUGUCUGGGGUGCAUCUUUGAACUGAGGGGGUUGGUGAGAAGGAACUUCUGCUUAGCUGCAUAGUUUACGUCGAGGAAAGACACACGUCCGCCUGGUGUACAUGGCAGACGGCUUACCUGCGUCUGCCCGAGCUGGGGAGGGGGGGAAGGGGAGGCCUUUUCGCACCGCUGUCCAAGAGCGUCGUCGGCGUAGUACGCUUUGUUUUCUCUCGGUCGUCCCGUUUUUAUAUAAUGGUCUUCUACCCGUGUUGUUUUCUGGCAUGCAUAACAAGUGUGUGGGUGUGUACAUAGCGAGAUGGAUGUAAUCAUCUUCAUUGGAGUCUGGUAACACCUGGCAUUAGCACUUUUUCUUUCGAGGACGGGGUGACGAAACACUAUGUGAGACGUGGAGAGAGCGUCGUGCAAGCUGUGUGCUUUUCUCCUAUGCGUUUUUUUUUUUCCUUGUGGGGUUUAUAAGCUGUUGUGUUUUAGCGGCCUCUGCUUUUUGGUGGGUUCUUUCGCCGGGCGGGCGGAGUGGAAGUGUGCCGUUUUUUUUUUUUUCGGGCGGCCGAGUGAAUGGCGUGGUUGUCGAGGCUGAUCUCGCCUCGGCCGGCACUCGUUAAACCGACACACACGGGUCGGACGUGUCUCGAAUGUUGCGGCUACGGCCUCUGUUUCAAGGUGCUGUUUUGGCGUGCUGGUCUUGUGAAAUGGCUUCUUUUUAUGAGCCCCGCCCGGCGCAGGAACCCUCCCGGGAGAGGCUUGGAAUACGAGUGGCGGGGUUACCUGUUGUUUUUGCUUUUUUUUUUUCCUUUCCGACUGGAGUCACGUAGGGCUCGCUGCUGCUCUUGCUGUAAAGUGAAAGUAACCACAUACUAUCUUUAGUUUGUUGCUGUGGGUGGAGUGUGUGAGUGUUGUGUAUGACUUGUAUGUGUGUUGCGGCGAACAAGGAAACGAAUAAAAGCCGUUUCUGUAUCUGA